AAUCGGCGAUUCGGCAUGCCGCCCGCGCUGUCCAAUUGCUUAGCUUAUCCAACCAGUGGAGCCAGGAAACGUGCCGAUUUCCUAUUGGCUACGACGAGGCUGCAGGGGACCUCGCUGUCGCCGUCGCUCCCGGCUCCACUUGCAGCCGCACCCCCGCGCUAUAACUCGCGCGGCCGCGGCGCAAUGCCAGUCGUCGCCGCCUCCCCCGGUCAACCCAGCUCCACCGCCGACGCGCCCCCGCUGCAGAUGAUGACGACGACGCGGCUCGAACGCGGGUCCCUGCUGGUCGGCGGGCGCGAGCUCCUCGCCCGCGCCCCGCCCGACGUCACCCUGCGCGCCGCCGUCGCCGACGACGCCCCGGGCGCCGCGUUCCUCGGCGCCCGGGCGGCGGCUCCGUCCAGCCGCCACGUGUUCUCCGUCGGCACAAUCGCCGAAGGGUGGAGGUGGCUGUCCCUGUUCCGGUUGAAGAUCUGGUGGAUGACGCCGAAGACCGGCGCCGGUGCGGCAGGCGUGCCGGCGGAGACGCAGAUGCUGCUUCUGGAGUCGAGGAAUGGCGCGGAGGGCGAAGCGGUGUACGCGCUGAUGCUGCCGGUUCUUGAUGGGGACUUCCGGGCCAGCCUCCAAGGGAGCACCGAGAAUGAGCUCCAGUUCUGCUUCGAGAGUGGUGAUCCUGAUGUGCAGGCAAUGGAAGCCGUUGAUGCGGUAUUCAUCAACUCAGGAGAUAAUCCUUUCAGGCUAAUUAAGGAAUCUAUCAAAAUACUGUCCAAGGUCAAAGGAACUUUCAGUCAUAUAGAGAACAAGGAGAUCCCUGCAAACUUGGACUGGUUUGGGUGGUGCACUUGGGAUGCAUUUUAUAAAGAUGUUAAGCCAGUAGGGAUAGAGGAGGGCCUUAAAAGUUUGUGCGAUGGAGGCGCGCCACCAAAGUUUCUGAUUAUAGAUGAUGGUUGGCAAGAAGUAGUUGACGAAUUCAAGGAAGUAGAUGAAGCUCCUGCUGAACAAACUGUAUUUGCAGAGAGGCUGGUUGAUCUGAAGGAGAAUGAUAAGUUCAGGGGAGAAGUCUGCAAGAAUCUUGGAGACCUUGUCAAUAGAAUCAAAGGAGAACAUGCAGUCAAGUAUGUCUAUGUAUGGCAUGCUUUACUUGGGUAUUGGGGAGGUGUCCGUGCAACGUCCGACGCUAUGAAGAAGUACAAUCCAAAACUAAUUUACCCUGUCCAGUCUCCUGGCAAUGUUGCAAAUUUGAGGGAUAUAGCCAUGGACAGCUUGCAGAAAUUUGGAGUGGGCAUCAUUGAUCCUGCGAAGAUAUAUGAUUUCUACAAUGAUCUGCACAGUUACCUUUCUAGUAUGGGUGUGGAUGGUGUGAAGGUAGAUGUGCAGAAUGUGAUGGAGACUCUCGGGCAUGGCAUUGGUGGUCGUGUUGCAUUAACUCGGAAGUAUCAACAUGCUCUUGAGGAGUCUAUUGCUCGAAACUUCAAAGGGAAUAACCUAAUAUGCUGCAUGAGUCACAACUCAGACACCAUCUUUAGUUCCUUGAAGAGUGCAGUUGCUAGAGCAUCAGAAGAUUUCAUGCCUCGCGAACCAACAAUGCAAACAAUGCACAUUGCUACUGUAGCAUUCAAUAGCUUUUUGUUGGGGGAAAUUUUCAUACCUGACUGGGAUAUGUUCCACAGCAAACAUGAAUCAGCAGAAUUUCAUGGAGCAGCUAGGGCUCUAAGUGGAGGUGGUGUUUAUGUCAGUGACAAACCGGGAGUGCACAAUUUUAGUGUUCUUAAAAAGCUUGUUCUACCAGAUGGUUCAAUUCUAAGAGCAAGGUAUGCUGGUCGUCCUACUUGCGAUUGCCUGUUCAACGACCCAGUCAUGGAUGGCAAAAGUCUGUUGAAAAUAUGGAACGUGAACAAUUUGUCUGCUGCAAUUGGAGUAUUCAAUUGUCAGGGUGCUGGAAACUGGGCUUGGUCAGCGAAAGAAAUUUCACAUAUUCCCACCAGCAUUAACAUAACUGGUCAUCUCUCGCCAUCAGAUGUAGAGUCUAUUGAGGAGAUUGCUGGUGAUGAUUGGAAUGGAGAGACUGCAGUUUAUGCUUUUUAUUCAUGUUCUCUUUUAAGGCUUCAGAAGAACCAAAGUUUGCAGGUUUCAUUGUGUACGAUGACAUGUGAGAUCUAUACCAUAUCACCCAUAAAGGUGUUUGGUGGGGCUGUUCGCUUUGCGCCUCUUGGAUUGACCAACAUGUUCAACUCAGGUGGCGCACUCCACAGCAUUGCAAGUACUGUUGACUCUUCAGCCACCACAAUUCAGAUCAGCAGAAUCCCAGGCCGGUUCGCGGCAUAUUCGUCCGCUAGGCCAGCGAUUUGUAGAGUUGACGCGCAUGAUGUGGAGUUCAGCCAUUCUGAUGAUGGCUUGCUGGCCUUUGAUCUCUCCGACGGAUCUCCCCAGAACAACCUCAGAAACAUUGAGAUUGUGUACACAGCCUCCUAAAGACUGAGCCUAUUGUAUGGGACGGCCAUGACACACAUCUUCAUGCAAUUACUGCUGUGAGAUAGUAUUCAGUAACCAUUGCACGUGCACAGUGAUGCCAUUUCUUCAGAACACCCACUGCUGCUGUCUAUAUCGGGAAGAUUCGUCGAGAAUUGUAGUUUGUUACUGCUUUCCAGCUUAAAAAUACUUUUGGGAUCGUCGACCCAGAAAUAAGAAUGCUUCUGGAUUAAACGUCGGUUCGUUCUUAAUCUUACCAUGUGGAGGGUUGUUUCGUGUGCCCCAUUAUGCCUGCUCUACUCUGCUGGACACAGCUAAAGUUAGCCAUUUUCAGUUGUGAUUCUGUUGCAAUAUGAAUUUUUGUGACAUUAUUUCGUCUCGUCACAUAGACGAAUGGGAUUUUUCUGUAGGUCUAUGGAA